AUGCUUCGAGAAGAAGAACCACGACGCACAGCACAGUCUCGUCUACACACGGACGGAAAAAGACGCAGCAAUUACGACAUUCGUCCUGCGGCCCUAGACCUGAAGCUGGAACCAUUUGUUGGAGCCUCGUUGCAAGUGCAUCGAGACUCGGACGACUGGUUCAUCCUCUCUUUUGCUACCUUCUCCAUACCGUUCCAUCCCGCCUUGGCUGCCACUGCUCUCGCUGUCUCCGUCAGCUUCGCCUCCUCGACAACGACGUCUCUAAAACACAAGAUGCACGUCUUGGCGGAGCAAGAGACAAUAUCAUCCGUGGCACCCUUACCUUGGCAGUUAUGGACUGGCGACGACGAACAACGGACGGGCGACCUCUGA